AUGUUUUUUGUUGGAGGACGUUCAAAGGCAGAGACAGAGGAGAUGCCUGAGUUUACAUUAACUAAGGCAGUGGAGGAUGUCAGUCAGAAAGGCUACGCCCAGAUUAUGGCCCUGCAAGAGAAACAGCAAGAGCUCAGCCACCUCCAGGCCAUUCUUGCAGAUGUUGAGAAAAGAGGUGAGGAGGCGCAGUUGGAGCUGAGGUCUAAGAUGAGGCACAUCUUCACUCUGGAGGAUGAGAUGGAGUACCUGGAGCGUCAGACACAGCUCCUGCAUGCUCACUGUGUCUCCCUACACGGCAGCAAUAUGGAGCUGCAGCUUUGUAUAAGUGAGGACAAGGAGAAGGCUUCCAUCGUGCUGGCAGAGUACAACACCUACCGGAAAAAGAUGGAGGGUCACAGGGCCGUGGUUCAGCACGCAGAGAGCCAGACAGAAGCCCACAAGGAGCUGGAGGAGAAGAGAGCACUGGUUCAGACGCUGACACACAGAAAAGAGGCACUGAGGAAGGAUCUGGAGAACCCGAAUGGAGAGACCAUGCAAUUUGCCAAGAGGGAGAUUGAAGAUCUGAAGGGGGAGAUUUCAGUCUUGAAGAGGACUGUGGCUGAGAAGAGAGAGCGACUGCUGAAAGAGUCUGACACUCAUUCCAAGAUAAAGAAAGAAAUAGAGAUCCAGAACAAACGUUAUGAAGCCAUUGUAAAGCGUCUCCGCUGCCAGCUGAACAAGGCCCAGGCCAUUCACAGGCAAAUGUCUGGAGAUAUCUGCCACAUGGAGCGGCAGGUGGAGGGGCUAAAGCGGCUGCUGGAGUCAGAGGUCUGAGUGGUCAGUGCUCAUCAAACUGUAGUAGCACUGGUGCUUGUAGAUUAAAUUUUGUUCGUGAAGUUUACUUAAAUGGAAGAAAAACUGUCAAAGGCCAUUAGUGAUGCAGUUAAUCAAGUUUGAGUUAGCAGGAAACUUUGUAGCUGUUGCUGUGGUUGAACACCA